AUGUCCGUUCUCACCGUUGUACGCACUGCGACGCGUGGUCGUGUCGCCCCCCGUCUGGCUGCCACGCUCUCGCUCUCCGCGAGGUCUAUCCACACGCUCCCCGAGCUCGACUAUGCGUACGAUGCACUCGAGCCGCAUAUUUCUGGCCAGAUCAUGAAGCUGCACCACACGAAGCACCAUCAGGCAUACGUUAACGGUCUGAAUGCAGCCGAGGAGAGCUACGCCAAGGCGCACUCGCCCAAGGAGCAAAUCAAGCUCCAACCUGCGCUCAAGUUCAAUGGCGGUGGACACAUUAACCACUCUCUGUUCUGGAAGAACCUUGUACCCGCCUCCCAGGGUGGUGGACAGCUUUCUGCUGGUCCGCUUAAAGAUGCCAUUGGUGCUGACUUCGGCGGGUUGGACGCGCUGAAGAAGAAAUUGAACACUACCACUGCUGCUAUCCAGGGCUCCGGCUGGGGUUGGCUCGGCUACAACCCGAACACGAAGAAGCUUGAGAUUGUCACCACUGCCAACCAAGAUCCUCUCCUCUCUCACCUCCCUAUCAUUGGCAUUGACAUCUGGGAGCAUGCCUUCUACUUGCAGUACCUCAACGUGAAGCCUGACUAUCUGAACGCGAUUUGGAACGUCAUCAACUUCAAGGAGGCUGAGCGCCGCUACGUCGAGGCCACGAAGUAG